UCUGGGCGGCACUUCAGUCGGGAGAAACACCGGAAGAAACGCUUAACAUUUAACUUGUUCUGAAACUUUUGUCCGCUAUCGUUAUCCUGCUCUAAAGUGCGUUAUAUUAAUAUUUUUAGAGUCUGUCGUGAGUCUAAUAAUAUGUGAAUUGCUAAGUUUUAUUGGCGUGUGUGUUUUUUUACUCUCAACAUGUUUACGGCUUCGGAUUAUUGGCUUGUUUACAUUGUGAAACAGCCGACAAGCUAACUCUUAGCGGUCCUAAAACCAGAGUCGCAUGACUUGUUAAUUUGUCCCCGCUGUCCUCAACGAUGAACAGUAAACUUUAGGGAAACUCUGACACGGAUUUAGAGUUUUUUGGUUUCUCAAAGUGUCUCAAUGCGAAGUUAACGUUGGAUCCGUGUUUUCCCCUGAUCUGCUGGGUUAAACUGUUCUCUAGGUUAUUUUAGUGGAAGUCAAAAGCUAUAUUUAAAAAAUGCCUUGUACUUGUGGAGACUGGAGAAGAUGGAUCCGGCCAUUGGUCGUGGUGUUAUAUAUUCUACUGCUAAUAGUCGUCCUGCCGUUUUGCAUCUGGGAACUACAGAAGUCAGGGGUUGGAACUCAUAUCAAGGCAUGGUUUAUCGCUGGCAUAUUUGUCCUCAUGACUAUUCCCAUUUCCUUGUGGGGAAUUCUCCAGCAUCUGGUGCACUACACUCAGCCAGAGCUCCAGAAACCCAUCAUCAGGAUUUUGUGGAUGGUGCCGAUCUACAGCUUGGACAGUUGGAUUGCCCUGAAAUACCCCGACAUAGCAAUUUACGUGGACACAUGCAGGGAGUGCUAUGAGGCAUACGUCAUCUACAACUUCAUGACGUUCUUGCUGAACUACCUGGAGAACCAGUAUCCCAGCUUGGUGUUGAUGCUGGAAGUCCAGGAGCAGCAGAAGCAUCUGCCCCCUCUCUGCUGCUGCCCGCCAUGGCCUAUGGGAGAGGUUUUACUGUUGAGGUGUAAACUCGGCGUGUUGCAGUACACUGUUGUAAGGCCCGUCACAACAGUGAUUGCUUUAAUCUGUCAGCUGUGCAACGUGUACGAUGAGGGCAAUUUCAGUUCUGCAAAUGCAUGGACGUACCUGGUCAUCAUUAACAAUAUGUCACAGCUGUUUGCCAUGUACUGCCUUGUGCUGUUCUACAGAGCUCUGAAGGAUGAGCUGAAGCCCAUCAAACCUGUGGGGAAGUUCCUGUGUGUCAAAAUGGUGGUGUUCGUCUCUUUCUGGCAAGCAGCUUUCAUUGCCUUGCUGGUCAAAGUAGGAAUUAUUUCAGAGAAACGUACUUGGGACUGGCAGAGUGUGGAGGCGGUGGCAACCGGCUUACAGGACUUCAUCAUAUGUGUGGAGAUGUUUCUGGCAGCCAUUGCUCAUCACUUCAGCUUCACCUACAAACCUUACAUCCAGGAAGCUGAGGAGGUUUCCUGCUUCGACUCCUUCUUGGCCAUGUGGGACAUCUCUGAUGUCAGAGCAGACAUUUCUGAGCAAGUUCGUAAUGUUGGGAGAACAGUUAUGGGUCGUCCCAGGAAGUCCUAUUUUAGUGAGGCGCAAAACAACGGGGAACGAUCCGGCCUUCUCUCUUCAGCCUCGCAGGAUGCCAUCACCGAGGCUGCAUCGAGUCCCGACUCCCCGAAAGGCCAUUAUCAGGGCCUGGGAAGAACUGCUCCACACUCGCUGUCAGCUCCUGCUGGCCUCAACGCAGCCAAGUGGGAGGAAGAGGUUGAGCCUAGAGCUGACGAAGAAAGGACCGACCUAACCAAAGAAGCAGCUGAAGCAGAUCUUAUGGUCAUCACUUAGCUUUUACUGGUGUAAAAAUACUGAACUGGGCAGGUCCCAGUUAGAUCUUUGCUGAGGGAUGUUCAAGAAGCAACGUUUUUUCCAAAGACAUUAAGUAUUGUAAAAAAUGAUUGAAAAAGACCGUCAGACAAGCCAAAAAAAGGACCCCCUUCUGUGGAAUGUCUAUGACAGUAAUGGAACUACAUUCUUAAUGUCCUUGUGUGUUUUUGGAAAAGCUUGUACAGCUCUAAAGCUUUACUUUAUCCUGAAAUGAACACAAUUUAACCAGCUUGUUUGUCUCAGCCUUAAAUGUAACAUGACAACUCUGCAAACACAUUUUACAUUAAAUGUUUUAUUUUUGGGGGGUGGAACCUUAAAAUCAACAUCAGUGAAAGCAAAUUAAAAUGCAUUUCUGUUGUAUUUUGAAUGUAAAUGCAGCUGAAGCAGACUUGGGUUAAGCUGUGGGGCAGAUCAGUAUAACACCAUGAAAGUGGACUAAUACUUGGAUCAGCAGUAA